CACUGGUUCAUUCUUGACCGUGUCAACAGCCAUCUCCUUCCAUCUCGUCCGUGUACUAUUCGGAACCUGGACAAAUAUAAUCGCACGAUCAGCGUAGUGGCCAAGAAUAGUCCGGCAGGUUCGAUAACUGGAAGGUCAAACACGCGUGGCCGUUCGAGACGUAUUCAAAGGAAAACAACGAGCUACGGCAGUCGGCGAGAAACGCGUAAACGAACACGGCCGUUCCGAUCAGCUUAGUAACCGCGAAAGAUGUUCCCUGCUACGCCGAACAGCGAGUUUCCGAGCCAGCUCCUCCCAGGAGAGGUCUGAGCUUCUCCGCAACCGCGAAACGGCUGAUUUCAGCCGGUAAUUCCGAGAAAUGAGAGCCCCGUGGCUCGUCCUGAUUCUCGCCAAGAUCCUGGACCUGAUGCUGGUCCUCGGGGACACCGUGUGUCACCAUAAUGACACGGAUUUCGCCGUUCCUAGUCAAAGGUCCACGGAGAUUCUGUCCAGACGUAGACGUCUCGUUUUUCCAACGGGCAGCACGUUCGUGCUUACGGUGUCCAUACUGCAACCGAUUCCCGUCAAACUACCCAACAACUGGAAUCUCGAUUUCGAGUUUGACAUGAUCUGGCCGAUCCCGGUCACUCGAGAGAAAGUAGCUGCCAAGAGAAAGUAUUUCGUCAAAAGGCCAUGGACUGUGAAACGAAGACAUCGACGAGACCUCUACGCUAAUCUCGAGGCUGCUUUCGAUAGCCAGAAAUUGCCGGGACGACAAUGCGUUUUGAGGACUAUCUGCGAGGCGAACUUACUGUUGAGCCCUCCGGGCGUGUCUUUUAUCGAAGACGCUAUACGAUUGAUUUUGAGCAACGUCGAGGACGUGGAAGACGUAGAUUCGUACGACAUCGCGUACAGGAGCGAGGUUCCAUGCGACGUCGCUUACGCUUGCCCCUUUUCUUUCUUAAAAUUAUUGUUAUACCACUUGUAUUCGGACAGUUUGAGCUGA